CCACUCAGAGCUGGGAGCUGCCCUUGGGAUAACGCUGCUCUAUCCUUGGACGUCUGUCCUAAGCCAGGACAGCAUCCCAUGGCCGGGAGGGGAGAGCAGGCUCCGGACCCCCGGGUGGCAUUUACAGCAGCUGGAGCUGUCUGGAGAAGGGAUUUCAGAGGGACCAGCCCAACUCUGAGAGGGGGAAAGGCGAAAUCCUGGGGGGAUGGCUGUGAGCGAGCCGGGAUACGGGCAAGCCCCUGCCAGGAGCCCGCACUGGGAUGAUCCUGACGGGCUCCUCUGCAAUUCCCAUCCCUCCAUCCCACGGGGAAGCUGAGCUGCCACUCCCGGAGGUCACAGGUGGCACUUGGGGACUCCACAGCAACCUCCAGCGCCACAGCGAUGCCACAGCCUCGGGAGGCACCAGCAUUUCCCAAUCCCGUGAUUUUUGGACUUUUCCUGCAUUCCAGAGGAGCCCAUGACUUGCUGUACAAGUCGCCCCCGCUCCUCUCACGAGUAGGGAAGGAUGUUUCCCCUUUUUUGAGCAGGUCACUGCUCUGCUCAGGUGUGAGCUCCCCUUCUCCCUGAAGGACUGCAGCCAUCCCACCAUGUGGAGAGAAAGUUGUUCUGAGGGAAUGAAUGUGAGCUGGAUCCUCCUGCUGGGAGGGCUUGGCUGUUCUCAACCUCUGUGAGGUUGUCCUUGUACCUCUGCUGGGAAAGCUGUAACCCCUGGGACGGCCAGAAUUCCCAAUUUUCCUCUUUCCUUUUCCUCCCAGGGCAUCCACACCUGGAGUGUGUCUCGCUGGACACAUUUGGGGAAUCUGGCCAUCCCACGGUGCCACGAGGGGUUCUAUAAUAUUUAUAAUCUGUAAUAUUUAUAAUCUACAAUAUUAAUAAUCUAUAAUAUUUAUAAUCGGCAAUAUUUAUAAUCUAUAAUAUUUAUAAUCUACAAUAUUAAUAAUCUAUAAUAUUUAUAGUGCAUACUGAGCACGCUCUGAGAAUGGUUAAACCAUGUCCCAAACUGUGUAGAGGAAAUUCCUCGGGAUGUCUUGCUCACAAGCCAGGGCUGUUUGUGAGGUUCAGGAUGCGUGUGUGCCUUUUGUAAAGGCAGGAGCUCGUUUUUGCGUCCUUAUAGGACUGAAAGUUACAGCUGUGCUGUCCAUUGUAAAAGAAAUAUUUAUCUAAGUCUUUCAUGAAAGGCAGGUGUAUAAAUUAUAUUUAAUUUUUUUUGUACCCUUUUGCCAGGGGAAAAUGAGAAUUUUUUUACAGUCCUUGGAGGAUGUUAUGAUGUGUUCUGUGCAAGCUGCACCAAUGUAUGACCUGUGCCAGAGUUGUCUUGAACAUCAGAAGUUGCAGAAACUUUUAAAGGUCAAAAAUAAAUAAAAAUCUGCUUAAUCACCCCAAAGUCAUUCUUUUUUUUAAGUAGUUUUUACAGCUGGUUUCCCUGUGGUCAACUGACACGAGACAGAUAUUCAUAUUUAACACCGAAUUUCCCAUCGGGACGUCUGCAGUGCUGUUUUCCACAGCUCGGGAAUAUCAAACCCCAGCUCUCUCAAUGUGAGACAAAAAUAACAGCACGCCCGAGCGGCCAAUUCUCUCGGAAUUCAGAGCCAAGAAAGGUCACUGCAAGGGUGAAAAAAAUCAUGGAAUGGUUUGGUCGGGAGCCACCUUCAAUACCACCUAACUCCAACCCCUUGUGACAGGCAGGGACACCAAACACAGAAAGUACUUUUAUUUAAUUUAAAUAAAGUUUUCCAAGGCACAAAUUCACAUUCCUGGGGAUGUGUCAGGAUCAUAAAUCACUUGGAAACACGCGAGGCGUUAAAAUUAGGGGGUUUGGCUACAAAGGACACUCGUGGGGCUGCUCAGUGGCUGGGGGGGUAUAUCGGUGUCCUGGACCCCCGUGAGCUACUGGGGAUCCCCUCGGGGACCUCUCUGCCCUCCCCGGGGAUUUCUCUCCAAUUUCCCCCCACCUCGGGGUCUCACGGACCCCUCCCCGGGCUGUCCCCGCUGUCUCCCCGGGGUCUCCCCCUGUUCUACCCCCUUUCCCUCCGGAAUCUCACCGACCCCUCCCCGAUAUUUCCCCCCGUUCUCCCGGGGGUAUCCCCCCGUUCCCUCCCGGCUUUUCCGCCCCCUCACGGCGGAGUCCCUCAGGCCACGCCCCCCCGCCGGUGGGCGGGGCCAGCGCGCUCUCCCCGCCUGAUUCCCCCGCGCCUCGGUCGUUCGCAUGCAGAUUUAUGCGCAUACAUUUGCAUGCCGAUGAGGCCGGGGUGAGGGAGGGAGCGGGUCGCGUUCAAAAUGGCGGAGCGGGGCGGGCGCGGCAGCGGUCACGGCAGCCUGGACAAGAGCAUCACCCUCCCGCCCGACGAGAUCUUCCGCAACCUGGAGAACGCCAAGCGCUUCGCCAUAGACAUCGGUGGUUCAUUAACCAAGCUGGCUUAUUACUCAACUGUACAGCACAAAGUGGCAAGAGUGAGAUCCUUUGAUCAUUCUGGAAAGGACAUAGACAAUGAACCUUUGUAUGAAAUAUCUGUUCAGGAGGAGAUUACAGCUCGACUUCACUUCAUUAAAUUUGAAAACACUUACAUUGAAACCUGCCUAGAUUUCAUCAAAGACCAUCUUGUCAAUACAGAGACAAAAGUCAUCAAAGCCACAGGUGGUGGUGCCUAUAAAUUCAAAGACCUUAUUGAGAAGAAACUGGGGUUGAAAGUUGAUAAGGAAGAUGUAAUGACCUGCCUAAUUAAGGGGUGCAACUUUGUGCUGAGGAACAUCCCCCACGAGGUGUUUGCUUACCAGAAGGAUUCAGACACAGAAUUCCGGUUCCAGACCAACCACCCCAACAUUUUCCCUUAUUUGCUGGUGAACAUUGGCUCAGGGGUCUCCAUAGUCAAGGUAGAAUCAGAAGACAAAUUUGAAUGGAUUGGGGGCAGCUCUAUUGGAGGUGGAACCUUCUGGGGUCUGGGAGCUCUGCUCACCAAAACAAAGAAAUUUGAUGAAUUGCUGCAGCUGGCCUCAAAGGGCCAGCACACCAACGUGGACAUGCUGGUGAAGGAUGUGUAUGGAGGUGCCUACCAGACCCUGGGGCUCAGUGGGAAUCUCAUUGCCAGCAGCUUUGGGAAGUCCACCACAGCAGACAAAGAGUUUUCCAAAGAAGAUAUGGCCAAAAGUUUGCUCCACAUGAUCAGCAAUGACAUUGGCCAGCUGGCCUGCCUCCAUGCCAAACUGCACAACCUGGAUAAAAUUUAUUUUGGAGGGUUUUUUAUCCGGGGCCACCCCGUCACCAUGCGCACAAUCACCUACAGCAUCAACUUCUUCUCCAAGGGAGAGGUUCAGGCAUUGUUCCUGAGACAUGAAGGCUACCUGGGAGCCAUUGGGGCAUUUUUAAAAGGAGCUGAACAAGACAAUCCAAACCAGUACAGCUGGGGAGAGAAUUAUGCUGGGAGUUCUGGGCUCAUGAGCACAUCCCCUGAUGUUUCCCCCCUGCAGAGAACACGCAGUGGUACAUUUGACAUGCUGGAAAUGGACAGAUUGGAGAGACCACUUGUUAACCUGCCACUGCUGAAAGACCCCUCCACCUAUAUCCCAGACACUGUUGACCUCACAGAUGAUGCCAUGGCCAGAAAAUACUGGCUCACCUGCUUUGAGGAGGCCCUGGAUGGGGUGGCAAAGCGAGCUGCAGCCAGCCAGCCAGACUCGGUGGAUGCACAGGAGAGAGCUGAGAAAUUCCGCCAGAAAUACUGGAAUAAGCUCCAGACACUCAGGCAGCAGCCCUUUGCAUAUGGUACCUUAACAGUCAGAAGUCUCUUGGAUACAAGGGAACACUGUUUGAACGAGUUCAGUUUUCCAGAUCCCUAUUCCAAGGUAAAACAGAAAGAAAAUGGAAUAGCCUUAAAGUGUUUCCAGAGUGUGAUCGAGUCCCUGGACUCCCUGGGCUGGGAGGAGAGGCAGUUUGCACUGGUGAAAGGACUUCUGGCAGGGAAUGUCUUUGACUGGGGAGCAAAGGCAGUCUCAGAUGUUCUGGAGUCUGAGCCACAGUUUGGGUUUGAAGAAGCCAAGUCAAAGCUCCAAGAACGUCCCUGGUUGGAAGAUUCCUACAGCCAGUGGCUGGAGCGACUGAAGGAGGGUCCCCCUCAUAAAUGUGCCUUAAUUUUCGCAGAUAACAGUGGGAUAGACAUAAUUUUAGGAGUCUUUCCUUUUGUCCGAGAGCUCCUUUCUAGAGGGACAGAGGUGAUUUUGGCCUGUAACUCUGGCCCUGCCCUCAACGACGUCACCUACAGCGAGUCCCUGAUCGUGACCGAGCGCAUCGCGGCCAUGGACCCCGUGAUCCACUCUGCACUGAGGGAUGAGAAGCUGCUGUUGGUUCAGACAGGCUCCAGUUCUCCGUGCCUGGAUCUGAGCCGCCUGGACCAGGGCCUGGCCGUGCUGGUGCGGGAGCGGCAGACAGACCUGGUGGUCAUCGAGGGCAUGGGCAGGGCCAUCCACACCAACUACUACGCCGUGCUCAGGUGUGAGAGCCUCAAGCUGGCCGUCAUCAAGAACUCGUGGCUCGCCGACCGCCUCGGGGGCAAAAUCUUCAGCGUCAUCUUCAAGUACGAAGUGCCCUGUAAAUGAUGGAGCUGGCACGGCCCAUGGACUUGCACUAGUUUUACUUUAACUGUAAAGAAUGUAUUUUUAUUACAACAGGGACAAGAGUUCACAGGAAAUUCCGUAUUUAUAUUGUGCUUUUGUGACUUAAAAAGCGACACUAUGAUUCCCUCUAUAGUCUACACACUCAAAUAUAUAUAUGUAUAUCACUCAUUGUUUAUUUUGGUAAGUGUUUAUUUUAAUGCUGCAGUAUUUGUGAUGAAAAGACUUUAUUUUUUUGUUCUGUGAGACAUUCAUAUAGAAAUAUAUUUAAAUGUCAAUGAAA